CUUGUCAGACAGAGAGAUCUUAGCGCGCGCGCGGGGAAAACCGACACUUGGCCGUGCAAGAUGAGUAAACGCACAUGUACGUACGUGCGUCACAUCGCCUUUACUCCGCGUCAAAUAGUAGCGGCAUGUAAUCGCAAAGGGCGUCAACAACCAUCUUUGAUAUUAUAAAUCACAGCAAACCGCCUCACGUUCAUCUACAGAAAAGCCAAAGACGUGAAUAAAACCAAAGCUACUCUAUCCUACCCCAACUGUUCUAACCUCUAGGGCACUCAACACCAUAGACCAAGAAAUCAUGACGACCUUUGAAGGCUUCUCCCCCUUCACAGUAACAACCCAAACCUCCCCCGACGUCGUAAUCCACGGCAUCAAAAGCGGCGACGCCUCCUCCCCCCUCCCGCCGUUACUCCUCCUCCACGGCUUCCCACAAAGCCACCACAUCUGGCACAGCGUCGCAACCGCCGUCAAGGACAGGUACACCGUCGUGGCGAUCGACAUCCGCGGCUACGGCAACAGCUCGAAACCAGAUGGCGUAGCCUCCUAUGCCAAAUCCGCCAUGGCUCGAGACUGCAUCGCCGUCAUGGACUCCCUCGGCUACAACGACCACACUCCAUUCUACGUCUGCGCCCACGACCGCGGCGCAAGGGUCGCGCACAAAUUAUGCGUAGACAACCCGACCCGCAUCAAAAAGGCAAUCUUCCUAGACAUUUGCCCCACGCUCGUAAUGUACAAGACCACGAACCUCGACUUCGCCAAGGCAUACUUCCACUGGUUCUUCCUGAUUCAACCCGCCCCCCUCCCGGAAACACUCAUCAACGCCGCGCCCCGCCGGUUCUUGGAACUCUUCAUGGGCGGGCGGCAACUCAACAAGGGCCUAGAGAUUUUCAAAGAGGCGGACUUGGAGUUUUAUGCGCAGGUCAUGGGGCAGCCGGAGGCCGUGAGCGCCAUGUGCAACGACUACCGCGCGAGCGCGACGCUGGAUCUGGAGGAGGCGGAGGAGGAUUUGCGGGAGGGGAGGGUGUUGAGGACGCCGCUUGUUGUGCUUUGGGGGAGGCACGGGGUCAUUGAGAAAUGUUUUGAUGCGGUGGGGGAGUGGAGGAAGGUUGCUGGGGAAGGGGCUGAGGUCGAGGGGAGGAGUGUUGAUAGUGGGCAUUAUAUUCCGGAGCAGGCGCCUGAGGAGGUUGUUAAGGCGAUUGAGGCGUUUUUUUGUGCGAGUUUGUAGAUGUCGUUGAGGUUCGGAGGAAGGCCUUCAUGACGUGGGAUGGGCUCUCUGGAUUGGGGCAAAGGAAGAAUGUACAUGUUUUGGCCUUCCGUUUGGCAUUCGCAGCAAGAUAUUACGCAUAAUGAACACACGAGGUGAUGAAGGUUACUCGCGAUGUGAUCAUUUUUCUUGGUGAAAGUGGCAACAGUGGUGAGAGCAAUGGUAGGCCUGGCUGGCAGUGGCACACACAGUCCUAUGUCCUAGCCAGGCAGUCAAAUUACCUAACUGCACUCAAAGGUGUUUGUUUGCCUUUGGUUUCAACAAGGAAGACAGGCAGGCAGCUGCUAGUUCACAGUUGGUUCACACACCUGAGAUGCUGG